AUGCUAAUGGAUCAAAUCAAAUGCUAUUUGGAUAAAUAUUUACCUGGUAUUUCAUCAAGGGUACGAUUUGAACCAUUAUAUGAAAUACAUUUACCUUCUUUAGUAUUAGGAAUAACAUUCACUACAGUUUUAGGUCCUUUAUUACAUGCCGUAAUUGGCAGUGUUUUAUCUAGUUUAGUUACAUUAUUAAAGUACUUAAUUAUCAUUGGGACUGUUGUAGCUUCAAUUGUAGUUGCUACAUCAAGAAAUAAAAAUAUUAAAGAAAUUGAAAAUGACGAUCGAGUGAUUAGAGAUGAUCCUAAAAUAACCAAAGGCAAAUUAGAGUCAAGGGAUGAAUUAGUUACUUUUGCUAUUAAUUCUUAUAAUGAAACAACGCAUAAUCAACUCCAACAAGACACUUCAUUUGAUAAUACAAUUCAAAAGAUAAGUAAAGAUUUUAAUAAGGAACCAAGAAAGGAAGAUUUCGAAAAACUAAAGUAUUAUGAUAUACCAAUUGUUAAAUCUAGAAGAGAUAGAAGUGGACAAAUAGUAGAUAGUGGUAACCCUUAUGAAAACUUUAUAAAUUUAGCCGAAAACAAGUAG